CGCUACCUCUGUGUACUGCAACUUGACUUGUGCAACUCGAGCACAAUGCCUGAUCACGAAAGUGAACUCGCUCGGGAGGAGAGUGGUCUCGACGAGCUCGCAGCACCUGCGCCAGACGAGAACCCGAAUGAGCAGGGUUUCUACCAACAUGAAAGUCUGGAGUCCCAUCGAAGGCAAACAAAGGAGCAAAUCGAGACCGAACAGGAACAACAACCAGCCCCAUCACGGACAUCGCAGUGGCUUACUCAACUCUACAUCUUCUCGUAUCUCAUCUUCUUCUCCAUCUUUGGCGUCCUUGCUCGCACAGGACUCCAGGCCCUCACAGUCUAUCCAGGCGCGCUCAUCGCCAAUACGGACUUAUGGGCGAACAUUGGGGGAAGUUUCACCAUGGGUAUGCUUCGAGAAGACCGCAUGUUGUUCCGCCGCCACUGGAAACAAGAAAUGGAGAAGGCCCGGCGCGAAGCGAGCUCUUCGUCUGAUGACCCGGUGGCAGAGAAGAACGACAAAGAUUUGGAGGACACCGCCCGGAAAUCUUUCACCUCGACCAAAGGAGGGAUACCCGCGUACGUUGGCCUGACUGUCGGAUUCUGCGGAUCUUUCACUUCCUUUGCGUCGAUUUGUAGAGAUGCAUUUCUUGCGAUCUCGAAUAAUCUCAACACAGCGGUGGUCUCCACACAAGACACGAUCAGUCUACCGCGGGCAAGGCCAACUGGUGACAGUGUGAUGGCUGUCUUGGCUCUCCUGAUCCUUGAGGUGGGACUGAGCACUGUGGCCCUCACUUGCGGAGCACACCUGGGGGCUGCACUCGCGCGUCCGGCAGAGCACAUACCGGCGUUGAAACUUAGCCGGAUAAUGAAUCCUCUGGUCGUCUUCCUUGGGUUUGGAUGCUGGCUUGGAGCAAUUCUCCUGACGAUCUGGCCGAUUCGCGACGCCUGGAGGGGACAAGUGCUCUUCUCCCUCGUCUUUGCGCCGCUUGGAUGUCUACUGCGAUUCCAGCUCUCAGUUCGUAUGAACAAGCUGGUACGAAGCUUCCCACUUGGAACGUUCGCGGCCAAUGUCUUCGGGACUUGCGUGUUGGGUAUGGCCUAUGACCUGCAGAUGUCUUCGGCUGCGUCCAGUAUUGUCAGCUGUCAAGUGCUGCAAGGAAUUAUGGAUGGCUUUUGCGGUGCUUUGACAACGGUUUCUACAUGGGUCCUGGAGUUGGACACAUUGAGGCUAAGACACGCAUACUUCUAUGGGGCUUGCAGCCUUUUCAUCGGCGUCGGUUUCAUCACUGCUAUUAUGGGGUCUUUGAGAUGGACGACCGGGUUCACUGCUCCAACUUGUAAAACAUAA